UUCGGUUCGGGGCGGUCCCGUAGCCGCACUACAACUCCCGACGUACCUCGCACAGCGCGUCACUCGGCAGCGCCGGGCUGAGCCGAGCCGUGCUGAGCCGGGACGGGACGGGCUGAGCUCUGCAACGCCGACAUGGAGAUGACUUUCUUCUUCUCAGAUAGGCUGGUGCUGCUCUUUGACUUCUGGAGCGUGCACAACCCCACAGGGAUGGUGCUGUCCGUGCUGGUGAUCCUGCUGUUCUCUGUGCUGUAUGAAGUGGUGAAGAUAGGAAAGGCCAAAGUGCUGAGGCGGGCGCUGCUGGCCGUGCCCCCCAGCUUCAGCCAGGACACACUGCUGGGACCCAACGAGGGGGACAACGGGGAUGGAGGUGGUGGGGACAGUGAGGACAGUGGUGUCCAGGAGGCUGUGCAGGGCAGGUGGUUCCAGUACCAUGUGGGCCAGACGUUGCUCCACGUGGUUCAGGUGGUGGUGGGCUACACACUGAUGCUGGCUGUCAUGUCCUACAACGCAUGGAUCUUCCUUGGGGUGGUUGCAGGCUCUGCCAUCGGUUACUUUGUGGUGUACCCACUGCUCUGGUUGGGCUAUGGGGCGGUCACCUCUCAUCCCAUCCAGUAGCACUGCCACUCCUGCUGGCUCUAUCCUUGUCCCCGUGCUGUGCAGGACACAGAGUGAUGCUGGGACGUGUGGUGCUGGCAGGAUGGGGCUGGCACUGGGGCUGUCCCCUGCCCUGUGGCCAUCCCUGUGCUCUCAGGGAGCUUUAUAGCUGUGGGAUGAGGGUGAUGGCUGCUGGGGGGCACUGGGAUGCUUCAGGUAUGUGUUGGGCAGGACUCAGCCCUGCUCUUGCCCCCUCACGCUGUGCCUUGUGGGUGUAGAGCACUGGCUCAUGCACCUCUUUUUUAGCACUUUAGGGUUAGAGUCAGGACGUGCUGCUGCUGGGAUGCCCGUGGCAAUGAAACCACUGCAUUGCUCAGAGUCAUUGCAUUGCGGAGCAACGGGAGCCCCGGCUCGCAGCAGGGUUUAGGCGUUAAGGAUGCUCUCCUCUGGUUUUAAAUAAAGCUUUUUUUCUCUUUUAUUAAUUAU